AUGACUUCUCCAAUGAUUCAAAAAGAAAUUGUGACUGCAUGCAAAAUUGAAAUAAUUAAGGCUAUCAUAGAAGAAUUAAAUGCAGAUUACUUUGCCUUGUUGGUUGAUGAAUCUUUUGAUGUGUCGCGCAAGGAGCAAAUAGCUGUUGUUUUACGAUAUGUUGAUAGAAUGAGAUUUGUGAUGGAGCGACUUAUUGACAUUAUUCAUGUUCAAGAUACUUGUGCAUCAUCUCUAAAAGAAGCAAUUGUUAAUUUACUUGAUCAACAUUCCUUGAGUCUUUCUUAUGUACGUGGACAAUGUUAUGAUGGGGCAAGUAAUAUGCAAGGUAGAAUCAAUGGCCUUAAAAUGUUGACUAGGCAAGAAAGUAGAUCGGCUCAUUCUGUUCAUUGCUUUGCUCAUCAAAUUCAACUAAGUCUUGUUGCGGUUUCUAAAAAGUGUGUUGAAGUGGGGGAGCUUGUACUAUUGGUUUCGAAUAUUUUGAAUAUGUUGGGAGCUUCUUUUAAACACAUGGAUGAAUAUCGAGAAUCUCAAAAGAAAAGAGUUCAAGAGGCAUUAGAUAUGGGUGAACUUGAAACUGGUAGAGGCUUGCAUCAAGAAUUUGGUCUUACUAGAGCUUGUGAUACUCGUUGGGGAUCCUACUACAAAUCUUUUAGUAACUUUAUUCUUAUGUUUGGUUCAAUUGUUGAUGUACUUGAUGAUAUUGUUGUUGAUUCAUAUUGUCCAGAUGAAAGUGCCAAGGCAAUGGGAUUUCUCAGAGCAUGUCAAACAGUUGAUGUUGCAUUCAUAUUGCAUUUGAUGAGAGAUAUUUUAGCAAUCACAGAUGAGCUUAACAAAUGCUUACAGAAAAAGGAGCAAGAUAUCGCAAAUGCCAUGCUACUUGUUCAAGUAGCAAAGAAAAGGUUGCAAAAGUUAAGGGAGGAAGAAUGGGGUUCGCUUAUUGAUAAAGUAUCUAAAUUUUGUAUCAAGUAUCAAAUUUUGAUACCUAAUUUAGAUGAGCCGUACUUUACCUCUUUGAGAUCACGGCGUAAACUUGCUGGUUGUAAUGUCUCACACCAUUAUUACGUUGAAGUGUUUUGCAAAGUUAUUAAUUGGCAAAUUCAAGAGCUUUCUUAUCGUUUUGACGAAGUAACGACUGAUUUGCUUCAUGGAAUUCCUUGUUUAAAUCCAAUUGACUCAUUUUCUAGUUUUGAUCUCAGGAAAAUAAUGAGAAUGGCUGAACAUUAUCCUGAUGACUUUGAUGAAUUUAGUAUGGGGGCUCUUGAGAAUCAACUUGCGAGUUACAUUAUUGAUGUUCGUGAUCUUGAUGAAAGGUUCUCCGAUCUAAAAGGACUUUGUGAUCUUUCAAAAAGAUUAGUUCAGACAAAGAAGCAUUCAAACUAUCCUCUUGUAUUCCGCUUAGUGAAACUUGCCUUGCUUUUGCCAGUUGCCACUGCAUCUGUUGAAAGAACUUUUUCGGCAAUGAAGUUUAUCAGGAAUGACUUGCAGAGUGGAAUGAAUGAGAGUUAUUUUAGUGGUUGCUUGGUGCCUUAUGUCGAAAAAGAUGUGUUUAAUAGGAUUUCUAAUGAUGUUAUUAUAAAAACAUUUCAAGGAAUGAAACCUCGUCGUGUACAGUUGUAG